AUGGAAGAGGAACCAGCAAGACUUAAUAUCGAAGAUGAGAAGGAAGAUCCAGUUCUGGGGCAAGAAGACGAUGCUGACAGCGAAGAUGAAUAUAAUUUUUACCUGGUGGUAAGAGUCCUAACUGACAGCAUGCUGCGGAAAGAGUCGUGGAACUUAUUAAGACUGUUAAAAGGGAAUAGUCAAUUUUCGUGGCUGGUUGUGGGUGAUUUCAAUGAGGAAGAAAAUGUUUCUCUUUUUCUUACUGAAUCAAAACUAGGUUUGGGAUUUGGUUUGGUGGCCUUUUAUUCAAUCUUUUGGUUUUUGGAAACGAAUAAUUCGAAGAAUCAGCUUAUUGAUCAUCUAGGUGUGAAUAAGACAGGGAAGAAUAUAAGGAAGAGCCCAUUGCAUCAACUUAAUUUUGGUAAUAAUGUUACUAGGAAGUAGCCUCAACCUCAGGUUUACAACAUCAACAAGAAUGAUUUUCGGAACAUUGUUCAGCAGCUCACUGGUUCACCUUCACGCAAUAAGCCUUUGCCCAGACCUCCCCUGAAUCCUUCCAAACCCCAAAGUAUGAGGUUGCAAAAAAUUAGGCCUCCUCCAUUGACACCCAUGGGUCGCCACUAUAUUCCAGCUUCAUCUUCAGUCCCUGCCCCUGCCCCUGCCCCUGCCCCUGCUCCUGCCCCAUCUCAUGCACCAGCUUUAGUUCCCCCUCCUGCUCACUAUAAUAAUAGCUUAGUUAGACCUGGUCAAUAUGGACAACCAUCACCUGGAAUGUUGCAACCUAUGAUACCUGGAGAUGCUAUUUGAGCAAACACAGUUGAAUCUCCAAUCUCAGCUUAUAUACGAUACCUUAUAUAUCCAAGCCCAGUUGGAAAACAAGUUCAACCUCAACUAUACCUCCCAGUUUCGGGUGACCCUCAUGUUCCAUCACCUUCUUCUGGUUUACUUCAUAAUCCACCAAUGUCAGCUCUUUUUUCCUCUAGAGAAGUCAAUGUUGCUGUACCACAAAUGCCUAAUCCACCUUCUCUACAAAUGAAUGGUUCUGUUCCACCGAUACCAAUGAAUGGGCCUGCUCUUUUACACUCACCAACUUCUUAGUUUCUGUUAUUUCGUUGGCCAUCUACUACGGGUUUUAUGAAUUUGUUGUCCCCUAGAUUGCCAUAUCCAUUGCUUUCUCCAGGUGUUCAAUUUCCUCCAAUGACUCCCAAUUUUGCUUUCUCACCCACUGUUCAGCCCGGGGUUUUUGGUCCAGGGCCUCAACCUCCACCUUCCUCUGGUUUUGAGUUUCCACUCUCACCAUCUGGUUUCUUUCCCUUCCCAAGUCCUAGAUGGAGUGAUUAA